UGUCUUUGGUUUUGUGGUUGGCGAGUGGUCGGUUGGUUGGUUAGUGAUCUGAGAUGGCGACGAUGGAUUCGUCGUGGUAUUGUGGUGAUCGGUCGUUGUGGUGCUUAUGGUCGAUGCCGUGUAGUGGUUGUGGUCGGUGUCGAUAUCGAUAUCGAAUAA